ACUGCAGACCCCUGGUGUCCGCACGUUUGCGCUCCACGCCCACCGCCUGCCUCCCACCUGGCUGCCUCACCUUUGUUGCCCCACGUCCAGCCGCCUUGCCCCAGAGCACAUUGAGCCCACUGACAGAGCUGUCCCUGCUUCUGCCCCACAGCUUCCAAGUGCCAAAUGAUGGAGGAGCGUGCCAACCUGAUGCACAUGAUGAAACUCAGCAUUAAGGUCUUGCUCCAGUCCGCCCUGAGCCUGGGCCGGAGCCUGGAUGCGGACCACGCCCCCUUGCAGCAGUUCUUCGUGGUGAUGGAGCACUGCCUCAAACACGGGCUGAAAGUUAAGAAGAGUUUUAUUGGCCAAAAUAAAUCUUUCUUUGGUCCUUUGGAGCUGGUGGAGAAACUUUGUCCAGAAGCAUCAGAUAUAGCCACUAGUGUCAGAAAUCUGCCCGAAUUAAAGACAGCUGUGGGAAGAGGCAGAGCUUGGCUUUAUCUGGCACUCAUGCAAAAGAAACUGGCAGAUUAUCUGAAAGUGCUGAUAGACAAUAAACAUCUCUUAAGUGAGUUUUAUGAGCCAGAGGCCUUAAUGAUGGAGGAAGAGGGGAUGGUGAUCGUCGGCCUGCUGGUGGGACUCAAUGUUCUUGAUGCCAAUCUCUGCCUAAAAGGAGAAGACUUGGAUUCUCAGGCAAAGAGGGCACCUGUGUCUGUGGCUGGGCUACUGCCUGGCUUUCUGCCCACCACAUGUUUGGACCUGAAGACUCUAAAGCUUCCCUAAGCCCUCCAUGCCCAGGUCAGUUUUGGGUUUUUUUUUGGUAACCUC